AUGGGCUCGCUGGGCAGCCGCGUAUUGCGGCGGAAGGCCGGGCUGCCGCGGGGCGAGGCGGCGGCCGCGGGCAAGGGCGGCAAGAGGAAGCGCAGCGGAGCCGAGGGAACCGGCGACAGCGACAGCGACGGCGAGGCCGAGCGGGAGGAGCGGCUGCUGCACCUCCGGGGCCGCAGGAAAAAAUUGAAAAGCACGUCGAAAUAUAUUUAUCAGACACUGUUUUUGAAUGGGGAGAACAGUGAUAUCAAAAUUUGUGCUUUGGGAGAGGAGUGGAACUUGCACAAAAUUUAUUUGUGUCAGUCAGGCUACUUUUCCAGUAUGUUCAGUGGUUCUUGGAAAGAAUCCAGCAUGAAUGUCAUAGAGCUGGAGAUUCCUGAUCAAAAUAUUGAUGUAGAAGCCCUGCAGGUGGCUUUUGGCUCUCUCUACAGAGACGACGUGCUGAUCAACCCCAGCCGCGUGGUCGCCCUGCUGGCAGCAGCCUGCAUGCUGCAGCUCGAUGGCUUAAUCCAGCAGUGUGGUGAAACAAUGAAGGAAACCAUCACUGCCCAAACUGUGUGUGGAUAUUAUAAUUCUGCAGGGAUGUAUGGGCUGGACUCUGUGAAGAAAAAGUGCCUUGAGUGGCUCUUGAACAAUCUGAUGACUCACCAGAGUGUUGGACUCUUCAAGGAGCUCAGCAUAAACCUCAUGAAGCAGCUGAUCAGCUCCUCCAACCUGUUUGUGCUGCAGGUGGAAAUGGACGUGUACACUGCUCUCAAAAAGUGGAUGUUCCUUCAGCUCGUGCCUUCUUGGAAUGGGUCUUUCAAGCAGGUGUUAACUGAAGCUGAUGCCUGGUUUGCUGAGCGCAGGAGAGAGUUUGGGGGUGAUGUUUCCUUCCUGGAGUCAGCGCAGGGGAACGCAUUCCUGCCUGUGUUUGCCCACCUGAGGCUGCAGUACAUCAUCAGUGACCUGGCCUCAGCCAGAAUCGUGGAGAGAGAUGCCCUGCUGCCCUCAGAAUGGCUGUCCUCUGUUUACAAACAGCAGUGGUUUGCCAUGCUCAGAGCAGAACAAGACAAUGAUAUUGGGCCUCAAGAAAUCAAUAAAGAGGAACUGGAAGGAAAUAGCAUGAGGUGUGGUCGCAAACUGGCCAAGGACGGUGAUUACUGCUGGCGCUGGACUGGCUUCAACUUUGGCCUGGACCUGCUGGUGACCUACACCAACCGUUACAUCAUCUUCAAGCGCAACACGCUGAACCAGCCGUGCAGCGGCUCCGUCAGCCUGCAGCCGCGCCGCAGCAUCGCCUUCAGGUUACGCUUGGCCUCGUUCGAUGGCAGUGGGAAGAUGAUUUGCAGCAGGACAACGGGCUAUCAGAUCCUGACACUGGAGAAGGACCAGGAGCAGAUUGUGAUGAAUUUGGACAGCAGACUCCUGAUGUUCCCCCUCUACAUCUGCUGCAACUUCCUGUACACAUCACCAGAGAAGAGGGCAGACAGCGAGGCCCAGCUGGAUCAUUUGGAAGCCUGAGAGCUCCCUGGGGUGUGUGGCAGCACCUCUCCCACCUGGAUGCUGCUCCAAAGCUCAGACAGGCCGGCCUUACACUGUAGCAACAGCCCUGGCCUUAGUGCUCUCCUAUGCAGCUCUGAAAAGAUCAAACAUUAGGUAGGCCAAAACCAGUUACCCUUUUUAAUUUUUUUUAAUUUUAUUUCUGUUCUGCAUCAUCAGGCCGUAGCCGUUCCGUAUUUGAGAAGUGUUAACACUUGGGCUUUUCUGGGUGAAAACUGAGCCAAAUUGGAAAUAGGGAGUUUGUGUGGAUCACAACUUAGGAAAUGACCUGUUGGACUCUGAGCAUACAUUGUAGGUUGUGUGGGUUUUGGUUGUACUAUUUGUUGGGUUUUAAAAUAACUGAUCUGUAAAUACCAGAUCCAUAUUUUGCUUUUUUUCCUGGUCCUUUUCCAUUAGGGCCAAAUAAUCUCAGUAAAUUAGACGGCCCCGGAUUUAAGCCUUUUAAAUCCUGCUGGAUUUAAGCCUUUUUUGCAGCUCAUACACACACAUUUCAUUCUUGGUCUUGUUCUAAAACUGCAGCCAAUAAUUCUCUUGUCUUUUAGCAGGUUAAUUUACUAAUAAUGAUGUUCAUAAAUUAAUUAUUUUUUCCAUGUACAACAAACAUUCCAAUGUCUUCACCAUCACUUGAGUCUUGUCAGCAGCAUCUCUCAGCUGGAGUUCUGCUGAGUGCUGACUCCACUCACACAAACCAAAUACCAGUUUUUAAACAUUUUUUGUGGCUUGUUUUAGCUGUUACCUUGGGAAUACAUCCCAUGUUAGCUCAGGAACUUGUGGCUUUUGAGUGCCUUUUGAGUCGUAUGUGUAACACCAACUUCAGUUCAGCAAGUCACAGGAUCCAAAGGCAGAGCUGGGAACAAGAGAUUCCUCUCCACUUGAUUUGUUGGAUGAGUCGUGUCAUGGUACAUUCUGUUCAGUCUUCGUUGGGUUUUAUGUUUGUCUCUUACAAUUUUGAAUUCUUACAGAAGGAUUUUUUGAUCCAAACUGGGAAUUUUUGCCUCGUUAGCCUAUUUUUUUAAUGUCAGAAAAAUAUAAAACCAUUUGUACUCUAUAAAAAGGAUAAAUAUGUGUUGGGCAAGAUAGAAAAACAUGGCAAUGUGUCAAUAAAUGACUUCAAGUGGAAUAA